UAGCUGUGUUGUCCCUGAAAUAUCUCAUACUUGCAGGUCAACAAAAUGUCGAUGACCUCAAUUAGACUAUUUGUAAUAACGAUAUAAUAUUGUCAUAUUUUGUUUUUCUAUAUUGAAAUUACGUUGCACUCAUAAUGUUUCUAAUUCUCACAAACACUAUGCAUAUCCGAUUUUUUCUAUUUGUUACGUCAUCUGCUAAAUACUUACUUAUUCUUUACUCGACUAACCGUCUAAACGACUUGUCGAUACUAAAAGGGAAGAGUAUGAAGAGUACUGUAUGGGUAAAUCGUGAACGAGCAUAGCAGAAAAUAAAAUUGAAUCGGUAGAAGUGGGCAAACGUUCGGCAUUAACCGCCAAACGUCGGAUAUGACUUUUUCGUUGCGCACACGGCCGUUGUGUUAUAGAAUGUGAAUGCAAAGAUGUCGAAAAUGCCAAGUUAGUGUAAAGUUCAAUAAAAUAAUACUGUUAAAAGUGUAUAGACCUAAUAAAAUCAUGUUACAGAAUUACCUAUUAGUGAGCCCUAAUUAAUGUACAGUGAAAUUACAAUUUAUACAGUGUGAUUCUAUAAGAAAUUUUUCAACAUGUCCGAAGAAGAAUACAAUAAAAAACUUGAGGCUCUUCAGGAAUACUUACCAUUUCUAAAUAAUAUGAUAAGUCAGCUCAAGGAUCCAAACAAAAAAAAUAGAGAACAGCAACUUAGUAAAAUGGAAUCUCUGCAUGCUAUGAUAACGGAUAAGAAAAAAAAACUUAAAAUCGACACACUAAACAAGUGCGAAGACGUAAUAUCUAAAUUAUACUUGAAAGUAAACCAUAAACCGUUUCGUUGUAAAUCGGAGGAGAAGGUUCCAUCAAAUCCUUCAAGUCCCUCUGCAGAAGAUUGUAAGGAUUAUUUUGAUAUCAAACCAAUCCCAAUUCCAACAGAAAGGGUAAAAGGUGAUACUCGGAUUCAUAAAAUUGAUGUAUAUAGCAGUGCGGCGGAGAGCAUAACGAAAUCAAAGUUACAUGAAACUGUUAAUAGUCCAGAUAAGUUACACGAUUUCUCAAAGCCUCCUAUAAGUUUAGAAGAUUUAAAAUGCUUGGAGGUAGACGUCCAAGAGAAGAUUAAUGAAACAGCUACUCUUAAAGAAUUAAACGAUCUAAGAAACAAAAUAACUACGGAAUUGAUAUUUGAAAAAAUUAAAUCUAUGAAUUCCACAGAAACAAACCAAGAUUGUGAAACUAGUGUCCAUAAGACUGAAUCAGUUCCUUCAAGAAGUUCUAUUUCCACCGAACAAAAUAAAGGAGAGAAAAAGAAAAAACAUGACCGAAAAAGUUCCCCUUCAAAAGAAAAAAAAUCAGAAAAAUAUAAUGAUCAAUCAAAAGAAAGGAGGAGCUCAAAAGAAGACAAGAAGAAGGAAGAUUUGAAUUUUUCGAAUAACAAACCUCAAGAAAAAAUAUCAUCAGUUUUAGAAAAGGCUAUGUCUGAAAAUAACUAUAAAAAGCAUAGUGAAAGAGAUGAAUCUGUUGUUAAAAAUGUCGGAGAUAGAAGUAUAGGGCAUAUGACAAGAGAUUUACAGGUAGAUCCUCGAAUAGCAAGAAAUCAGCCUGUACUCAGUAACGCUCCGGACAAUAGAUCAAAUGUUUCAGUUAACAGUAAGGAAGCAGAAUAUACAGUUCAUAAACAAUCAAGUGAACCAGUUUAUAAACGGUUAGCUGAUAAAUAUAAUCGUAAACCUCGAAAACCAAUUAUUGAACCCGAUGUAGACAAAAUUGUAGAAGAUAGUAUUGAGCAAAACAUGAUCCAUUCUCCACCUUUAAAGCCAGCUAUUAACAACGUAGUACAGCCUCCGCCUCCUCCGGCUAGUUUAGUGAAAUGCUCUCAACUAGAACCAGAAUUUCCGCAUCAAUUAAAUUUGAAACCCCCCAUGCCGUAUUUGAUGCCGAAUAAAAAUGUGAGAGUACCACUUCUGUCGACGCCUCGUACUGAUGUUGUUCCGAUCCCACCAUUACUUUCUCCUAGGGACAAUUUUGUUAGCAAUCCCCCUAUACUAAUGUCCCCAAGAGAUAAUUUUGCACCCGGUCCGAGUAACUGUGUACCCAUGUCUCCAAUGGACAACUUCGAAUCUGAUUAUGUUAGGGAGGAUUUCAAUUUUAAUAAUCAACGACGACCCCGUUUUGAACCACCACCUUCGCUAUUAUCUCUAAAUGUUACACCUCCUACAGCAAAUCCCAGAUUCAACCCAUCAUUUAAUAAUUAUAAUACUAAUCGUUACGAUUCUGCCCCUAAACUAGAUUUUCAACCCUCAAAUCAUUCUCUCAUUCAGUACAAUGCAAUGCCGCCUCAUUUAUCGCCAGAAGUUCCCAAUUUUCCUGAGCAUAAACCAUACGGAAUUGUUAAAAGAGAGAUGUAUUUACCCAAAGAUGAUUUAAGAUGGAGGUUAGAAGAUUCUAGACCUUGGGAACGUAGAGGAUAUGAACAACGAUUCAGAGGUCCUACGACGUACAAAGAACACCGAGAAAUACGUGAAAAUAGCAGAGAUCCAAGACUGGCUAGAGAUACACGGGAAAACAGAGAAUUGCGAGACCCUAGGCUCAAUAGAGAUAAACUUAAUGUAAACGAAAAACCUACAAGAGAAAGAGAAAAUAAAGAAUCGACUGAAAAAGAUAAUAAAGACCCAAGACUGAAUAGAGAUUCCCAUCGAUCAAAUAUCAGAGAAAACCAGUAUAAAUCAAAGUUCGAUCGAUUGUAUUCUAGAACGAAUGAAGAUCAGUCACGAUCUAGAUCUCCGACAUCAAAAAUAAAAGAAAACGAUAGUUUUUCAUCGCCACUAGACAGUCUAUAUACAACGAAAGAAGAGCAUAAAACUGGAAAAGGUUAUGGAGUUCAAUGUUUCCGCAUACCUAAAAAGAAGAAAGAAGAUAAGGAACAAAAAGAAGAAAUUAAAAAAGAUGAUGAAAAAGAUGCGCCUGAACAAGGUACAAUAAUCUCCGAAUGCGACAGCUCCCAUAAUAUAGACCCAUGCAAAGAUGAUUCACUUAAUGAAAAUAAUUCUAAAUCAAUAGAAAACGAAAAAACCGAUUCGGAUUGUGAUAAUAUUGAAGAUAAAAACACUGCCAUCACAACAACAACGCUAAUGCCCGAACCAACCGAAGCCGAUGAUGUUGAUGCAAAAAUUAGUGAAUUGAAGAAAGAUUCUGAAGUUGUAGUACCUUCAAAUGAAGAACCUAAUAAAUCAUCGGUUCAGACAAAAGCAGAGGCAGAUCAGAAACCUAAAUCAGAUAAUACUGACGUACAAACUUCGUCCAAAGGCGAAGAACUUUCUAAUUUUCCUGCUGAACAAAGAAUAUUAGCACAAUUUUUCGCUAACCUCCUUGGUAGUAAAGAUAAGAAAGAAAAGAAAACAGCUUUGUAUUCUCUUAUUACAACCUUUUCAGAUACAUUUAGCAAAGAGACAAUGUCUAGUAUAAGUAGAAUUAUAAACACGGACAAAGAUGAUAGUUCAGAAGAGGACGAACAGAAGAAGGUGUCUAAAAAAGAAGACGACAAAGAAGAUAAAUUAAAAGAAGAGGAAGAUGAUGAUAAAUGUGACGAAAUUGAAGAAAAAGAUGAUUCCAAAUUGGAAGUGACUGAAGAGAACGAUGCAGUUGAAGAUAAAACUAAUACUGUCGAAACCGAAGAAGUCAGUAUUAUUCCCAAACGUAAACUCAGAAAUAGACGAAGGUCAGCUUCGACUACUAAACAAAACCUUUCAGAAACUACAAAUGAUGAAAAAGAAAUUCAAAACAAUUUAAAACAGACAGAAAACUCUGAAGAAUUGGACGUUGAUCAAGAUAAUGAGGUAUUGGUAACAGUGGGAGAAAGAAUAAAAUCUAGGAAGAGAACUGCUACUCUUGCAGAUAAACCUAAGAAGAAAUGUAGGUCUGAAUUAGACAAAUUACACGAAGAUAUCCAGGAAAUGUUUAUCCGGGAUGGAGUUCUGACUGCAUCUGGAAAACGUAUGUGUCAUAUAUUAAAAACAGAUCCUUCUGUUUUAGAUACAGGAAAUAUUGAUACUGAAUCGGAAGAAGUUGUAAAAACCCGUAAAAAAGCUGGACGUAAACCGAAGAACAAAUCACCAAUAACUAACGACGUUAAAACAAUGAAAACUGUAAGAGUUGUUAUACAUAAAAUACCAGAUGCCGCAAUAGAGGAAUCGUCGUCUAAUAGGAGAUUAACUAGGAGUAUGACCUCUCCAGAAAGUGACGAAGAAGGUUCAUUCGCAACAGAAACAUCAGUUAAAGAGCAUUCAGAUGUUGAGAGCAGCACAUACAACGACUCGGAACAUGAAUCCCUAUCACAAUCUUUUGAUAAUCAAAAAAUAAAAAUGCAAAAGCGAAAACGUCCGCGAAGUAGUUGGGCAUCAGGAAUUAUAAAGAAGAAGAAAAAGAAACAAAGUGCGGAAGAAUCUCAACAAAAAUACUCUGAAUUCGAAGAUCAUGCCGCAAAAGAAACUUUUAUAGCUCCAGAAAAAGAUCACUAUGUAGAUUUUAUAAAUCAAAAAUCAUACAAAUGUAGAUUGUGCGACUUUCAAGGAAAAUAUAUCGCCAGUCAUUAUAAAAUCGUACAUCCUGAUUCGGAAGUAAUGUGCUCUAGAUUUACUCCUUCUAUCGCAAUGGAAGCAUUAGCUGACGCUAAAAUGAACAUGGAAAAAUAUGAAAGAUAUCAAGUUGUCAAAACUAGUGCCAAAAUAUCGUAUAUUUGUCGAUUUUGUACAUUUAGCACAAGUGUUAUGCCAACAUUUUUCUAUGACCACAUUACAACUCAUACUGGAGAAUAUAGACAUCAUUGUCCAAAUUGUUACCUCUCGUUUUGUAGUUCAAAGACCCUUAAUGUACAUAUGUCGAACAAUCACAAAGGCUCAGAAAAUCCUAUAGUGCGCAAAUCUUAUAGCUCUGUCAUUAUAUUUGGAUAUCUAUGCGGCGAAUGCAACUAUGUGCAAAUGAACAAACGUAAUGUUGAAGAACAUAUAAAUAUUUAUCAUUUGAAGAAACCCCCAAUUCACAAAGUUAAUAUGACUUCUAGUUUUGAUGAAGCUAUCGUUAAAUUAUUCAACGAAAUGGAAACGACAAAGAAUACCGCGAAGACGAGUACAAAGCGAAGUGUAUCAAGUACAAGUGACAGUCAUUUACAAACAGAACUCUUGGACGAUGUAAAUGAAGAAGUACAAUCACCUCAUCAAGAGAAAAAACCAAGAAUAACACCUGGUCCAAAAUCGAAGAAAAAACAGCAAGUAACAAGUAACACUCAAGCUGAUAUUGUAAAUAAAGAAGUAGAUUCGACGAAAGUAACUAAUAUUAGACGCAGCAUAGACGAUAUAGAUCCAGAAAAAAUAUUACCCUUCAGAUGUAAGAGAGCAGCUAAGGAAAAGGCACAAGAGAAAUUAAAGGAACUCAUGGAAUUAAGUGAUAAUGUGAGAAAAGAAAAAAUAAACGAUGUUAACCAAAAAGAAAAUACCGAGUUAUCUAAAAAUAUAGAUGAAAGUGAAACAGGUGAUGAAACAAAACAAGGAAGUGCUGAAGUUUCUAAAUUAGAUGAACCGCCUAAACUACAACCAGUUAAAAAGGAAAUAGAUAUGAAUGUUUUUACUUGUAAAACUGAUAUACAAGAAGAAAACAAAAAAAUAGAACAGGAACGCCUUCUAAAAAUGGAAGAACUUAACAAAUCGGUGGGUUCCAGAACGUCUUUGAAUUUCAUAGAUGCACUUUGUCAUCGACUCAACCAAAAUGAAGUCAUAAUCAAACAAGAACCCAACGAUGAUUUUAUAGAUGCGGUGCAUCAAACAAUAAGAGUUGAUUCACCAGUUUCUAUGCCAAUUUUAGAGAAAAAUCCUACUACAAUUAAAGCGGCUUCGUCGCAAAUAAAGAAACCCAUACUUGAGAGGGAUACUCACGUGUCUACACCUAAAUUCGAUGUAUCUCAAAAGAAUGAUAAGAGUAUCGUAGACGUGAUUGAAAAGUUGAAAGGUAAAUUGAGCGCGGAUGAUAAUUUUAAUAUUGAGUCGAAUAAUGAGGAGGACAAUGAAGGACCUCCUCCGCUAACGCACGUUAACGAAUUAACUAAUAUCAUGCCAGUCGAUGAUUCAAUUGAAACAUUAGAAAUUUGUGGAUUGAUUAAAUUAAUUAAAUCUAAAGACUCAGUAACGUUCUGCUGCUUAGUUCCGCCUUGUGUCUUCUCCACCGAACAUAAAGAACACUUUCGAAAACAUUGCCAGCACAAUCAUUCGUCAAAUACUUUGAGAAGUUCUUUGUGUGAAAUUUGUGGUGUACAAAUAACUUCUGGACCUGAUACGAAUCUUUUAGAAAAUAUAUUUAAUCAUACAAUUAAACAACACGCUGAUUUCAUUGGGCAUUCUAAACCUCUAACUCGAAUGAUACGAUUAAGAAAACUAAGCGGAGAUGCUCUAUCUAUAGUUAACAGUUUAAAUGAAAUUGACAACAAUGUCAAUAAGACAGAAAAUGCAUCUUCAGACUGCACCACUGUUGAUUUAACUGAUAGAGAAGAAGAAGAAGAAGACAAUCCUUUCCCAUUUAAAAUAUCGGGUGUUAUGUCACUUGCUGAUCCUGAACCUCAGCCGCCACCUCUUACACCAAUAAUGAAACCCAAUAUGCAAAUUGUAGUUAAAGAAGCCAAAUUAACUCCUGCGGAAUUGGCAAAAUCAAAAAAAUCCGAAAAAGCUAUUAAAAAAUUCAUUGAAGAGGUAGAUAUACUGUACAAAUGCCCACAUUAUUAUUGUCUGUUCAUGACAUAUUUCAGAUAUUCUUUAGAAAUUCAUUUGAAAUCCCAUAAUUUGGAAAAAGAUUCAAUGGUGCCCUGCGUCUACUGCGACUUGAAAACGCCAUGGGAACAUGUAGCUGUACACAUCGAUAUAAGACAUGCUAACUGCAAAUAUGCAUGUUCACAUUGUUUGUACAGAGCUUGUUUAAAAGACUACGUAUUAUUACAUCAGGAACGAGUGCAUCCCUCACAAAAUUAUUCAGUGAUAACUGUUGCUACACCAAAAAUCCAAAAGAAAUUUGCUAUAGCUGAUGUUAAAAUUGAUCCAAAAACUUUAUGCAGUCCUUAUGUAUGCCAGACAAAUUGCAACCUACAAUUCCUAUUUGAGAAUGAAUUUCGUGAACAUGUAAUGAGUGCUCAUCAUCAUAACACUUUCAUCACAUGUGGUCAUGAACUCUGCAGUAGUAGAGUGAAACCUUCAAAGAUUGUUCAACAUUGGUCAGUAACUCACGAUGUAUCAGUAUACCAAUGUGGUUAUUGCAAAACAAAUUCAAAUGAGCUCCAUACCAUGUAUCACCAUUUAUCUCAAGUUCAUCAAAAUUUAAAUCCAGAAAUUUUAGUGCGUUUAGUUACACCAAAACCGACUAUACCAUUAGGAUAUAGUACCGAAGCAUUUAGAAGAAUGCGAAAAAUAGCUACAAUACAUUAUAUUCCUGAUGGUGACAAAAUAAUUAAACCAGCAGAACAUUUUCUUGAAGCUUCAAAUACUAGUACACAUUUUACCAAUACAAUGCAAGUAGUUACAACAUCUACGAAAACAGUAAUUAUAACUAAUUCUUCAUCAACUGUCACUACUUCAGCAAAUAAUCUGUUUCUUGUAACAAGUACAUCUACAGGAACGAACUCAUCAUCACUGCCACCGCCUUCUUUAGUUAAUAUUACUUCAAAAAAAUCUUUAGCGAUGUCACCUAUCAAUCAAUCUGCGGUGGAAUCAUCCAAUCCAGAUUUACCACUGGAUCCUUUAGAAAUCGAAGAAUAUAUUCCACCAUCCAUACCAGCAACAAUAGAGGAAAACCCAAAUAUAACUUUACUGCAAACAAUUGAAACUCAAAUGGCAAAUGUUUCUGGUGGAACUAAUAUUCCAGAAAAUAUAACUAAAAACCCAAACAUAGAUGGAAGUUUAUUGUCAUCAUCAAAUAUGGUUCCAUUAGAGCAUAUCAAUUUGAACGAGGAUAAUAAUCGGAAUGAUUCGGCGGACUGUGAUAUAGACCCGUUAGAUCUUGGAGAAUCACUCACCUCUCAAAGCAUUGGAUACAGCUCAGAAGACGAAAGUGAUAAUGGAAAGUCCAAAAAGAAAUGCGGAUUGCUUGGAUACCAGUUAUUUAGAUGUGCUUUCUGUGAUUUUUCUUGUACUAAUGUAAUCGAUUUCAAGAGACACAUAUCUAAGUCUGUCCGAUGUAAAUCUGAUAACCGCCAAAAGCCUUUUAUGUGUGUACAUUGCAAAAAACAUUUCAAAAAUCCCCAUCCUCUCAGCGAACAUAUUCAGUGUCAUGGAGUAUUGAGAUUCAAUUGUUCUUUAUGUGGAAACAAAUUUCCUUCAUCUAGUCAAGCAAGGGGUCAUAUGAAACAUCGGCAUAAUAUCAGUCAAACUACACAGACAGCUUUAAAUCCUGAAGAAGGUUCUCCAAGUAAUCAAGAAUAUAUUAUAAAACCGAAGUUUGUAUUGGCUGAGGAACCUCCGAAAGAUAAUACUCUUGCAGAACCUCCUCCGUCUCUACCAGGAUCAGAACAAAUUUAUCUUCCGGAUGAAAUAGAAAAAAUACCUAUUCGCUCCAUAUUUAGCUCCGAUUUGAAAUGUGGGGUAUGCUCUUACACAACAAAAGUAAGAACAAAUAUGGUGCGACAUUUACAAUUUCAUUCAGAGGAAAAAUCUGUUCCUGAUACUGCUCCAGUUAACCCCGUCCCGUGUUUGGAAAAAAAUGAGAAAAUGUUUGAUAAGAUGAUUAACUUAGCUUCUAGUUCCCAUUCUUCAUCUAAAAUGGGAGCCAUAAACAAAUCGGAAGUCAAAGAUAUUGACAUAAAUGUUCCGCACUUCGUUCCAUCCCACACUCGUUACACAUGUUGUGCUCAAGACUGCAAUUACAUUUGUCCAGAAGAAGCUAACCUCCGUCAUCAUCUUAUUGCACUUCAUAGUGAGGAAUCUUCUUUUAUAUGUGUUCAUUGUAAAGUUAAGUUGACUUCAAUUGAUGCAGACGGUUUGAUUAGACAUCUCAAAUUACAUGGUCUUCAACUUUAUAAAUGUCAUUAUUGUAAUUACCUUAGUAAUCUAAAACAUAAAGUUGAGAAACAUUGUAAUGACUUUCACAUCGAUUCACAAGUGAAAACUACAACAGUAAGGUACAUGGAAUCAGAACCAAAAGAUUCGACAGAUGAUGAUGGAAAGAGCGUAACGUUCCCUACGAUAUUAAAUCAAACUAAAUUGAACAAGCCUUGGAGAUGUUGUAUGUGUAAGACUAGAUCAGGAACCCAGGAAGGAAUUCAGAAUCAUGUUUUAGAAAAACAUGAUAUCGAUUCACAGUAUAAAUGUGCUUUAUGCAUUUAUAAGACUAAUGAUAAAAGUACAUUCACAGAACAUUUCAAACAAGAACAUAAUAAUCAAGACAUUAAUAUUGUUUAUGUUUACCGGAAAAUUGAAGACGAACCCAAAGAUGAUAAAGACUCGGAUUCAUUCGAUACUACUCCAUUAUGGCAAAGAGACAGACCAAGAGUUCGACAUAUUAGGGGUAUUCUCUUUGAUGAAUCGUUGCCAGUUACCUCAAAAAGUUCCAAAAAAUCAGUUAAACCUCCUCCACCAAUACCUACUUCUGUAAUAAAAUCCUCGGCUAACCUAGAUUUAUCAAUUAACGCGGUAGCAACUGGAAGUGUAGAUGUUUCCAAAAAUAUUGAAAAUAAUUUGCCAAAAAAAGAAAAGACGAGUGAGGUUACAAACGUUAUUGUUAUAGAUGACGAUAUAGAUGUAGAAUCUGUAGUGAAAACAAUAGAACACGCUGUAGAAGCCAGUGUUGAAAAUGAAUAUUCUGAAAUGAAUUUAAUAAACUUAUUUGGUGAUUUUGGACAACCAUUAAAUAAACAAUUAAAAUGUCCAGUAUGUAACAAUUUCAAGUCUAAAAGGAUUUCAGAUGUCAUCUUUCACCUGUUUAAAGAAAAAAGAGUAUACAGAUAUAAAUGUGGAAUUUGCGGAGAUGAAACCAUUACCUAUAGAUACAUGGCUAAACAUGUUCGAGAACAUAAACAGGAAUUUGAUCUUGAUAAUAUUAUUACCAUGCCGAGGAAUCCCAAGCUAGAAAUUUGGUUACAGAUGUUGAUAAGAAUACAGUGUGUAAAAAUAAUUGCUUCCCUUUCAGCACCCGCAGAUGUACCUGUUACCGAAAAACAUAAGGUAUUGUGCAGAUAUUGCAAUAAAUGGUACAGAAAUGAGCAAGAAAGAAACGAACAUGCGAUUUUCCAUUGGAAUUGUAUCCCGUUUAAAUGCAGUCUGUGUAGUUUCAAUUCAUUCACACGUAGUUCUAUGAUGAAUCAUUUUAAUGAAACUCAUGUUUCCGAAAAUGUACCCAGUAUUGUGGAAGCGGGACCUACUGUAGCAGGUGAACUUCAAUACGCUGAUUUUUUGCACGUAAAGGAAAUUGAGGAGGAAAUGGCUAAAAUGAAGUCAGCAGUACAAACAUUUAAAAAGACAAGUAUUGCAGAAGUUCUAGUACCAGAGGUGAUUAUUCCCAACAUGAUUGACGAAUCAGAACAAGAUGGUACUGUCCAAGGAAUGUCUUGUGAAGCGACAGAAGUUCCGGAAACUAAUUUUGAGAUCACUGACAACGUGAAUGACUUAGUGGUGGUUACCAAAACUGACACGAAUGUACCUCGAGCUGGCGAUGUGUUUUGUUGCGAAUAUUGUCCUUAUAUGUCUGAUUCAGAGAUGCUUAUUGUGUCUCAUAUAUCUAGCCAACAUGAGCACAUGCAUGUUAAAUUCAAAAUUUUAAAUCAAGAUAAAUGUGAAAGGAAACUUGAAGAUUAUGUUGCUUGCGUAAUAUGUAGUGAAAUGGGUUCUGAAAUUAAAAUCAGGCAACAUUAUCUGGAAGUUCAUGAAGGGGAGACGUUUGGUAUUUACAGGUAUACUUGCUGUAGUUGUCGGAAAAGGUUUUUCAAAAUGAAUGGUUUAAAAAUGCAUUUUCAACGUAUUCAUCCUGGCGUACCAGUUAAAUACAUAAGUAUAUUAGAGAACUUGAUAGAAUCCCAACCAGAUAAAUUAGAUUUAUCUCUAAAUAGCAGAAGUGCACUUGCUUCCUCCAGUCAAAAAACUUGGAAGCAUUAUCAGUGUACAGAAUGCUCAUAUGAAAGAAACUUUACAGGAAGCAGUGUAGGCAAUGUUCGAGCUCAUAUGAGAAAUCAUUUCAGAGCUUUUAUAUGCAAAGAGUGUGGUUCAAACUUCAGAAGUAAAACAGAUGCAUUGAGUCAUUGUCGCAAGGAACACAGUCAGUCAACAGAUAAUAUCAUACACGCACAAGAUAUUGAAGAUCGAUUCCAGAGCGCCUUGCGUACUGUUCUUGAGACAGCAGUAGUGGUUCCAAAUCCAGAUAGUCCAAACACUACCAGUAUACAUACCACUCCUUUGCAGGUUGCUAUUAAACAAACUGCAAGAAAAUCUACUUCAUCUUCAUCAUCUCAAGUAAAUGAGUAUAGCUUUUAUGGAGGGUCAAUAGAAAAUGUAGAUUUGAAUAAAAUUAUGACCUCUGUUGAAAUGAAUGGAGUAUGUCUACAAAUGAAUGCAGAUAAAUUGGGAAAGAUUUUUGAUUUAAACCCGUUUGUUGGGUUAGAAAGAUGCGACGCACUAUUAGACAACACUGAGAUCGACUAUGACUCAUGACAGUCAUGACCAGAUGCUAGUGGUAUUGAUUUUGUUUUGGAUGGCUUUAGUGAUGACAAUUUUGAACUUGACAGCAUAAUUCCUUCGGUUGAUGAACUUCUAACAGAAAGUUUAUCGGAUCCCGAUUAUUUUAAGGACUGGUCUCCAUAGACACUUUGAACUUUCCAAGAGUUUUUGUUAACGUUAACUUCGAUGGUCAUUAGCGAUAAUAUGUUUAGUUUAGAAUUUUGACAAAACUUCUGUUGAAGAUAUGUCAUAUGUAGUACAUUGAAAUGUAUACCAAGUAAUUAUUUUAAUUCACUGCUUGUUGUCAGUUAAGUUCUAACGUAAUUGUUGGUGAUAUUCAUACUGAUCAUACUGUUUAUCACACAUUACCUGGUCCAUCGAGACUUCCAUAAGUCGCUGGUUCAUGUACGCCUCGAAAUACCAGGCAAUGUAAUAGUGAAUAUAGAUUUAGUAGUAAUAAACUGUGUUAGUACCUCAUAUGUAAAAAAUAGAAUCUGUCGUUCUGUUAUAGAAACCUGCAUAAUUCUAACUGUUUCCUUCUUAUUUACAUUUUCAUCAGUAUAAAGUUGUUUGGUGGUACAAAUGGAGCUAACACUCUGGCAUUUUUAAUAAUCGGAUAUUUCUGGGUGUUACAUCCUUCCAUAUUGGAAAUUUUUGGCAGUUUGGAAAGAGUCAGUAAUAGUAUUCAAGUUAAUUAGCAACACUAAGGGUAUAGUUAAGUUUGGAAGUAUCUUCUAUAUAUAGUGCUAAACAAAACAUUUAUUAUGUAGCUUAAAUAAAAAAACAUUAUGUGAUAUAUUUGUCGAAUUUCGCUGGCGAGGUAUCGUUGAGUGUUGAGUUUAGUGUACCAGGAUAGAAUUCUUAUUUGCUUUAUAAAAUAUCCAAAAUUUGAGAGAACAUACUUCAAUAUUUCAUACUAAAAUGAGACUAUACAUCUGUUUGUAGCAGAUGAGUACAAUAGUGGUAUAGCAUGUCGCAAACUACUGUUUAAAUUUGCAUAAUAGACAGGCUUUCCUUUAACCAACUAUCUUUUCCGCAUUCAAAAAAGACACUAUUUAACUAAAAGGAGUUCAAUUGUUGGACAUAUCCGUAUAAAUCCUAAGUCCAUCGGAGUCAUCAAAAAGACUUCUAUCUACUUGAGAAUAGUAUAAACGACUUUAAAUAAAGCAUUAUUUGGUGAAAUAGGAUAAUAUGUUUCCUUCAGUGAUUUAGUAUGAUUUACCAAUGAUGCAUUAAUGCGAUACUUGUACAGAAUUUUCCUGUAAUUAUUCUUCAUGUUGAAUUCAUUCUUGUGUCAAGUUGAUUCAGCAUUAAUUUAUUUUCAUAAAACCAUGAUUUUGUAAAUAUACAUUAGCAUAUCAAAAUCAAAUCCUAAAGUUGUCUAUGGACUAUUUUUGAUUUACUUUACCUUGAACAGUUUUUUGAUAGUAAGUUUUUAUUUCCAACUAAGUUGGAAUUAUUAAAACUAUUGGUAAUGGAACACAAUGUUUACUAUCACAUUUGAAAGACAGUGUAAUUGCUUGUAAACAAUGUUGUGGGUGUAUUCUUUUCAAGUCUACUUUGUGUCAAAGAUCAUUCCAUAAAAUCUUUUACUCAACAUAGUUUACCGCUAUAUUUUCCAGUUUUAUUCCAGCUUUAAAUAUGUGUAGGUUUUUAUUAAUAAAAUACAUCUUGUUUGCGAAAAAUUCGAGAUAAAUUUUAUGGGGUUGGUUUAGUGCUUGUUUGUUUGUAAAAACUUUCGAAUUUCAUAUUUCAAGACAAUUACAUCUUGAUAAUGGAUCGGAGGAAACUUUCAUUGAAACAACGGCUCCAUAAUAAUAUAUAAAAAUCAGUUUGUAAGCAAUGGAAUUUUAGUAUGGGUUUAAAUUUACUACAACAAGAGGGAAUGAAGAUUCUUCAAGGUGUAAAAAAGGCAUAAUUAAGGUGUAAAUGAAGUCAGUAAUAUGAUUUUUCUUGCCCGGGGCAGGAUUUUUUUGUAGAACAUUAAAGAAAUGUUGAAUAUAUUGUUUCUGUUAUAUUAGUUUUGGCACUAUUCUUGUAAUUUGAAAUUUCUUCUGUAUAGUUUUCGUGUGAGAUGCGUUCAAAUUGAUUAGCAAAAACUCAGUCAACUCAUUGAAAUAUUUUUACUAGAUAUUUUUCUGAUAUCAUGCCACAUUUUCAAUGGUAAGUAUAAAGUUGUUUAAAACAAGUUGUUCUAUUUCUCGUCAACUUAUAUAUAACGUGUUUAAUUUCCUGUUAACUUUCUCACUGAUUUCCACAAUAGUAAAAGUCCUAUUUUUAUGUUCUUAACAUGCUUUUAUGUUGAACUGAUCAUUAUUUUUAUAAAAGUUUUAGACUCUGGUCUUAGAAUUACCUAAAUCACGUAGUUACUGAUGAUGUUGUUCUGAUAUUGACAUUUGAAUUGAUGAUUAGCUACUGUAUAGGUAGUAUUCAUGAAAUUUGAUAAGCAAUAUUUAGAUAACAUAUAUAAAAAUCAUUUAAAGUAUUUAAAUUUUAGACUUAAAAAUUUCUCUAUUUACGAUAUGAAGAUAUGAUUCUUAAAUAUUCUUCCUUAUUUUGUAUACAGUCUUUCUGUUUUCAAGGAAGAUUUAGUUAUUUAAGUAUUUUUGCAUAAUAUGGCAAAUGCUUGAUUGAUAUUUUUUGCAUAUUGAUAAAAAGCUAUUUUUUAUGAAAAAAUUUUGUACUAUAAAUUGAUCUGUGAUUACAAAUAAAUUUUAAGAACUUAUGUAUAAAGGCUACUCCGUAAGUAAAAUGAUAAAACUUCAAUUUCGUGUAACCUUGUAAUAAAAUUUUGUUACUAUAAACUUUCGGAAAACU